AUGCCUUCAGUUGCGAUAGCUGGAGCAGGUCUAGUCGGAGCACUCAACGCAUGCUUCUUCGCUCAAAAAGGAUGGGAUGUAUCAGUUUACGAAUUCCGUAAAGAUAUCCGAACCAUGAAGCAUGUUCAAGGAAGAAGUAUCAACUUGGCAUUGAGUCAAAGAGGGAAAUCAGCCCUUGAAGCUGUUGGACUCAAAGAAUACAUUGUGAAUCAAGGAGUUCCUCUCUAUGCAAGACUUGUGCACAAUAAGGACGGAAAGACGUACAGUAGGCAACCGUAUGGUAAACCAGGAGAGCACAUUGUUUCAAUCAACCGUCGUCAUCUAAAUGAAGUUAUGAUAACCCAAGCUGAAAAGUCACCAAAUGUCAAAUUCUUUUUUGAACACAAAGUUAAAAGUGUAGAUUAUGACAAAAAACAGUUGGUAGUCCAAUGUACAUCUCAACCAUCCAGGAUACCAACUUUUGGAACCAAAUCUCCACCAGCGGAACACGAAGAGUUCCAUGUCGAAGCCGAUCUCAUCAUUGCUUGUGACGGAGCCUACUCUGCGGUUCGUAGAAGUCUGAUGACUAUUCCAAGAUUCGACUUCUCCCAAGAAUACAUCGAGCAUGGGUACGUCGAAUUGAAUAUUAUGGCCAACAACAACGAGUUCGCUUUUGAGGAAAAUGUGUUCCAUUUGUGGCCAAGAGGUCAUUUCACUCUGAUUGCAUUGGCAAACCGGGACAAGACUUUCACCGUGACUAUAUUCGCGCCUUUUACCGAAUUUGAGAAACAUAUGUCAACUACAGAAGAGGUGUUAUCUUUCUUUGAAGAGAACUUUCCAGACGCGUACUUGCUUCUUGGAAAAGAACAUAUCGCUGAUACCUUCAACAGAGUGAAACCUCAAUCACUCGUUUCUAUCAAAUGUUCACCUCAUUCAUUCUUCAACAAUCUGGUUCUGAUGGGAGAUGCUGCGCAUGCAAUGGUUCCAUUUUAUGGUCAGGGAAUGAAUUGCGGGUUCGAAGAUUGUCUCGUGUUCAGUGAGACACUUGAGGAACAAAACAAUGAUAUUGCAUCGGCUGUUCAAGUGUAUUCUGAAAGGCGUGUAAAUGAUGCACACACCAUCAACGAUCUUGCCAUGUACAAUUACGAAGAGCUGAAGGAUCUUGUCAACAAAAACUCCUACAAACUACGAAAAAAAUUCGAUGGAUUCAUGAACGCAAUCUUCCCAAAAAGCUGGAUUCCUUUAUACUCAAUGGUGACAUUCACACGUAUUCCUUAUUCAGAAGUGGUUGACAGAAGAAGAAAACAAGAUAGAAUUCUAUCCAAUCUAUGGAAAACCACAUCCACAUUGGCACUGAUUGGUGCUGCAAUUGGCAUAUAUUCAAAUCGCGGUAGACUUGGAUUAUAA